CGCAACGCAAACGCUGCGCUAAACUCACAUAUCGUUUGGCUUGACAGUUUUGCCGACGUUUGUUUUUAUGUGUUUAUAAAUUAACGUUUGUGCGAUAUCAUUAAUAAAUACAUAAAUGUGCGAUAUUCCGAGCGGGCACACGUUUUUGUGUUGGUUUUGUGAUGAUGUUUGGUAAUAUGAUGACGUUGUGCCGUUAUACUUGCGAAAAGAAUGGAGCGCAAUAUAAAAGCCGAAAUAGAAGCGAAAAUAAAGCGUUGAGAAUUUCGGGUGCUAUUAUAAUAAGAGCAGAAACAUGAUGAAAUAAAGUCUUGCUACUGGCGAAAAAAAAAUUGGCCACAUAGAUAGGUUCUUGGAUUGCCAGGGUAGGGUUUCGUGUGUGAUUUCAAAUCGAAUGGACUUGCGAAAGCAUUUUCUCCUAAUGUUAAACCGCAUACAUUUCUUCCCUUCUCAACUUACACCGCAUUUGUUACACGAGAGAAAAAGUUCUCUCCGUUCUUUGUUUGCUUCUCAUUUAAAAGACAACAUUUUCAACGCUCACUGAAAAGUGUGUAAUCCAAUUUACUUUUCAAUCAGUUCUAAUUUGCAUGUUUGUAUCGCAUUUUAUUGCCGAAAUAAAAUGCCAAGAAUGACGCGUUGGCAUUGCGAAGAAUGUGAUUUUUGCUUUGUGCGUCAAAUAUAUUCGGCGUUCGCUUCAGUGAAUUUCUAAUUUUAAUACCAAACGAUUGCGUUAUUGUCUUUUUUCUUCAUUCACCAUAUAUCCGCAUUUGUUCAAGACCCGCAUUUGAUCUUUUGAACGCGUGUGGAUAUUUUUUGUUGGUGCAUAUGCUCCUAAAGCAUCAGCAAUUUAUUUUCCAUUUUAUGUAUUUCACGCGUAUGCGAUCCGUCACUUCAUUUCUGCUGCUACUGCUGCUGCUAUAAGCACAUUACACAGUUCAUCAUGUAUGGUAUGCUGUUGGAGAGUGUUCAGCACUUUGUGCAGGAACAAUUCGGUGACCUCGUAUGGAAACAGGCGCUAAGAGCAACGGGCUGUAAGCACACCGUCUUCAAUACACAUCAAAUUUAUCCAGAUACAUUGAUGCCGGAUUUAGCUGAAGCUCUGUCAGCCAUUACAGGCGAAUCGUUUGAUUAUUUCAUGAAUUUCUUCGGGAAGUGUUUCGUGCGAUUCUUCACAAAUUUCGGCUAUGACAAAAUGCUUAAGGCGACUGGACGGUAUUUUUGUGACUUUUUGCAAUCGGUUGACAACAUUCAUUUGCAAAUGCGAUUCACCUAUCCGAAAAUGAAGAGUCCUUCCAUGCAGUUGACGGAAACCGAUGAACAAGGUGCGGUUCUGGUGUAUCGCAGCGGGCGUUCUGGAUUCUCCAGGUACUUCAUGGGACAACUUUGUGAGAUUGCCGAAGUGUUCUACAAGCUAAACGAUUUGACUGUGCGCAUAUUGGAGAGUAAAAAUGACGAUCCGGGGAGCACAACUGGCCCAUUAUCACUAACGGAUGCAAAAACGGUGUUCGUAAAAUAUCGUCUUGAUUUUGAUAACAGAGAUUAUAUCUCCAAACGUGUGAAUGUACGUGCGCAUCCUUCACAAUUGGAACUUGGGCACGUCGACAGUAACAUUUUGCUCGAGCUGUUUCCAUUUGCGGUAAUACUUGAUCAUGAUAUGCGCAUUUCACGGGCGGGCGAGAAAAUUCUAGAAACAUGGAUUUUACAAAAUCCCUCCAAACCACCGACAUCAUUUUGGGGCUCGCGUCUGGUAGAUAUUUUCAAACUUCGCCGACCGAAAGGAUUGCACGUCGAUUGGAGCACGGUGAUGCAAAUGCAUUUGGUUAUUUUCGAAUUGGAAUUAAUACGUGGCGAACAUGAUUCAGAUGAAACUGAACACCACAUUGCAAAAUCAGCGACCGAAAACGGUCUCAAUAUACCGUGCGGUAGUAUGAGUCAAGCUGUCGAAGCCGCUCAAACAGCAAUGGAUCGACGUGGGUCGCAAGGUUGGACUCGAAUACUGUUGAAGGGACAAAUGCGAUACAUCUCCGAUAUUGAUUCGAUUAUUUUUCUAUGCAGCCCACUUAUAAAUAAUCUUGAUGAAUUGCAUGGCAUGGGUUUGUAUUUGAACGAUCUGAAUCCGCACGGGUUGUCAAGAGAGAUGGUUUUAGCUGGAUGGCAACAUUGCUCAAGAAUCGAAUUGAUGUUCGAAAAAGAGGAGCAGAGAUCCGAUGAACUGGAGACCUCUUUAAAAUUGGCUGAUUCGUGGAAGCGUCAAGGCGAUGAGCUGCUGUAUUCAAUGAUACCGAAACCGGUUGCGGAGCGCUUACGCUCUGGACAGAAUACACUUUCCACUUGUCAGAACUUUGAAAUGGUGUCGGUGUUGUUUGCUGAAGUUGAAGACAGCAGUUUCGAUGGAGGAACUACCGUUCAAGACGCCAUGAGUCGUGUUUCAAUUUUAAAUGCAGCCUUUUCUGCAUUUGACGAAGAAGUUAACUCACCGAUGGUUUAUAAAGUUGAAACCGUUGGCUCUGUGUACAUGGCCGUCAGUGGAGCACCUGACAUCAAUCCGUUGCAUGCCGAAUGUGCCGCUGAUUUAGCUUUGAAUAUGAUUCGUCGAAUACGUUUGCUCAAUUUGCCCGGUGUUACGGUAAAAAUUGGCAUCCAUUCCGGGUCUGUGGUCGCUGGUGUUGUUGGGCUCAAAGUGCCUAGAUAUUGUUUAUUCGGCGAUACAGUCAACACGGCUUCCCGAAUGGAGAGCAGCGGAUCGCCGAAUAAAAUUCAGAUCACAAAUAUAGUGACAAGUAAACUAAGGUCAAAAGGAUACGAAAUUGUUCCUCGCGGCUUUGUAACGGUCAAAGGCAAAGGUGAGAUGCAAACAUAUUGGCUCGAAAAGGGACCACACGAAAGAGGCGAAGGGGAAGAUCAAUUUUUUGGUGAUGACGAUGAUGAAGAUGAAGAUAAAAAAAAAGCCUUUCACUAGCUUGUAACAGAUAGAUUGGAUUUGCAGGAGAUUUUUUUGAUAUUGUCAAAUAAAUUCACACUGCUCAAUGAAACCAAAGAAUUUAAAAUACCUCAACACAGCUCAUAUUCAUGUUCAUGGUGAAAUGAACUUUCUAACUAAACAUGAUCAUAGUAGAUUUUAUAGUAUAUUACUGUCUCGUGUCUUAUAAACUGGAAAAAAAAGAAUAAAAAACUAUCUUAUAUAUGUGCAAAGAAAAUAAA